AUGUCAAAAUUCCGGGUUCCAACUUGGUUCUGGCGGCCACGAAAUAAACCAGCAUUCCCUGUUCUAAAAGAUAAUUACAAAUGCUUUAAUAAGCUACUAUCACCAGAUAAAGCUUUUCGUUUCAUCAAUUUCCUCGAAUUGAGUCUUUUUCUGGGUCUUCUUUUGAAUUUUCUUAUGUAUUCCACACCAAAAACGAGUCAUUUGAAUGACAAUGAGGUUUUCGAUCGAUUACUUCAACAGGUUCUCUUCAUCGGAAUCCACAUCAUCGCCACCACUUUCGCCAUUUAUGCUAGUUACAAUUUGAAGCCAUUCGUCAUGCAAAUUUAUAUGUUAUUUGCGACUCCAUACUUUUCAUUGGCCAUCUCCUUUUGUGCUGUAUUGUUCGUCGAGUUGACAGUUUUUAUAUAUUCUGACGAUCAUAAAGAUUUCGAUCGACUUCUCGUUGAUCUUGGAAAUGUGGCGGGGAAAGAUUUGAACAGUCGAGUAGAUUGGCUUUUGGCAUGGGUGGCUUUCAUCGGAGCCGUCCUCAUUUGGCAGCUGAUAACGACGUUCUCUUUCUACAAUUACAUAAGAGAUCGUCAAAUCGAGAUUGAAGAACGUCAAAUUGUUACGCCAAAUCAUCUCCAAUCGAUCGAUUUAGAGAAGAAAUCAUUUGAGAUUUACACAUUGCCUCCACCUCCGCCAUAUGUUGAGUGU